AUGAUAGAAUGGGGACUUGAAAAACCACGGUUAGAAAAGCCGAUGCUAUGGUUUUUGUCACCGCCACCACAAUUUAUUGACAGUAAUAAUAAUUCUCCUCUGAAUUCAUUUAUGGAUUAUAUUUAUCCAGUUGUUGUUCGAUUAUCACCAACAUUUAAUGGUUAUAGUUUACUUGGUUAUUAUAAUUUUCAUUUCAAUCGAGCAUCACGUAUUAAUAUUUCAUUAUUGACACAAAAUCGAAUGCCAAAAGCAUUUAAUCGCGAAUAUCAACUAUUAAGUUGUCUAGGUAAAGGCGGUUUGAAACGUGUACCAUAUGAAGUUGAAAUACUUUGGCGCCUCCGUGGUAUAUCUGGUAUUAUAUGCAUAUUUGAACAUUUUGAAGAACCAGAUCGUUUUAUAUUCACAAUGGAAAAAAUUGCUAAUUCAUGUACACUUUUCCAUUUUUUUAUGGAAAACUCUUCAUUAAAUAGUACAGAAUUAUUAAGACAUCUAUUUCAAGAAAUAAUACGUAUUAAUAUUACAUUACAAAAUUAUGGUGUUUGGCAUCGUGAUUGGAAACCUGAAAAUAUAAUCUAUUGUAAAACUGAUCGUUCAUUACGUUUUAUUGAUUUUGGUUCAGCUGUACCUGUACAAUGA